AUGGCCGCCGCAGGCACCGACGACGCGGUGGCCGCCGACAUCAUCUGCUCGCUGCGCGGGGCCGACCUUGCCGGCUGGACGCCGCCGUGGCGAAACCGCGCCAAGGAAACCGACGCCGCGCCAGCGGCGCCCGCCGAGCUCUCCUGGCCGGCCCUGGCGCGCGGGAAGCGGUCGCGCCGCCGCUCGCCGUCGGCGUCCGCGUCGGCAUCCGCCGCGAAGAGCACCAGGUUCUCCGCCCGGUCCAGCCCGGCCUCGCCGCUCGACUACAGCGCCGGCUCCGUGCGCUCCGGCGCCUCCACCAGCGGCGGCGAGGACGGCGCCUUCUGCUCGCCGUGGCACCGCCGCGCCCUCGUCACCGCGCCCACCACCACGGCGACGACCACGAAGCCAGGGACGGAGAAAGCUAUGGGAGCAAUAUCUUCAGAUUUUCUUAUUGCACAAAAAAUAUCUUCACAUUUUAGCAGAAGAAAAAAAGUAUCUUCACAUUCUAUCUCCUUCCUUCCUUCCGUGAUGAUUCUGCGCCCCGUGAUUCGUUUGGGGGUCCAAGUGGAUUGUGGUUUGUUUGUUGGAUAUGCGCUGCUGCUCAUUGAUUGGUCUAGCUACUUGCUUACAAAACACAAUUGCGUCUCCUUGCUGCAGGUGGGCUCCAUCGGACGGCCACAGUUGACCUUCCAGGCCCCGCCGCCGCGGCCCGCCGGUCAGAGGCAACGCAAGAAAAUGAGGCUGCCGGAGGUCCAGCAGCUGGUGCGGUCGCUGGCGGUGGAGAACGAGAGCCUCCACGAGGAGAUGCGGGCGCUGCAGAGAGCUUGCUCCGCACUGUCAAAGGAAAAUGACAAGCUUGAGACAAGAAUAGAGCAAUCCAACUCACAGAAAGAAAUCGCAUUGAAGGAGCAGAAAGGGAAGCAACCGCUUGACCAGCAGCCCCCACACGACAGCUUCGCGCUACCAGAUCUCAACCUUCCAGCACAGGACAAUGCGGACAGCUCCUCAGUUCAUUGCUGAGCCCCCAGAUUAGCACGGCUUUGCUAACACAAAUAACAAAGUGUACAUAGAGCUAGUAGUCUAGCUAGAUGGCGGGCACGGAGGUGUCAUUUAAAGAAAAGAAUGACACAGAUUUUAUAAGGUUCUAGUAGAAUUUACAGGUUCAGUGGCUCUGUCCUAAAGAGACAAACUCAGGUUGUAGCUAAACGAAAUGACUAAUUUAGCUCAUCUGAUGAUUGCUUUACCACCAGUUAGUAGCGCUUCUAUAUUUCAUAGAGCUGAGGGAAGGUACAGCUCAAACUGAUUUUCACACUGUGUAGAGAAUUUAGAUGAGUUUAUUCAUGUUACUUUGUUCAGUGAAAUGUUAUGUGUGAAGAUUUGGUCAGAGUGGAGAACUUGUUCAUCUGUC